UGGGUCAGGGUGCCAGGGUGAUUCAACAGGAACAGACGGGGUCUGGGCAGUCACCCACUAGUCCACACGGAGAAAUCCUCCCCCACCGUAGAAGCUCAACAACAAGGUCCCACUCGAGAUGAAGGCCGUUUCUUCAUCAAAUGGUGGCUCCUGGCCGGACGUCAACUUGGGUAAAUUGUACAAAGUGGCCUCGGAAGUGGCGCUGCCUGCUAGGUUCCUGGGGAGGAUACUGAACGCCGGCCUGGUGCUCUUCACCAACCUCCUGGCCGCGGUGGUGGGCAGCGGCCCGGCGGGUCACUUCCACCUGCCGCUCAACGCGCUGGUUCUGUUCGGCCCGCUGCUGAGCCUCUGGACGUCCAGCUACAGCAUCUUCGCCAACAGGAACCACUUCCUCUACAGGAAGUUCCUGGUGUCGGCGUGGGGAUGGACCUUCUGCGUGGCCGGCUCCUUCGUCGUCCUCCUCUCCUACUCGGCGCGGCGCUCCGCCCUGCUGUCGCUGCGCCACCUAGCGCGUCUCGCCCUCACCGGGCUGCUCUGGUGGGGCACCGGGCGUCUGGUGUGCCUCCUGGAGGACGCCGCCGGGACCUGCUUCCAGCCCGUGGCGGCGGCGGCGGGCGGGGGGAGCGACCUCGCCGGACAGCCCCUGCUGCUGCUGCAGGAGGCCCAGAGCAAGGCGUCCUGCCUCCGAGCGGGCCAGGUGUGGCGCGGCUACGAAGUGUCCCAGGACACCCUCACGCUCUGCCUGUGCUGCCUGCUGCUGGUGGAGGAGAUGGCCGCGUUUGGCCCCCAUGUCCUCAGGGCGGAGGCCCCGACGGGACCCCCCGCCGGAGCUCCACUCAGGAUCCUCUUCCUGCUCUGUGUGUUCCUGUUGACUCUCUGGCUGUUUCUGCUGCUGUGUCUGCUCGCAUACUUUCCGCAGUUCCCUGCCCAGCAGCUAGGGGGCGCUAUAGCCUAUCUGGGGUGGAGGGGGCUUUACCAGGGUUGGUAUCGCCUAAAGCCCAGCUGGUUCUGUCCCGGUCCGCCAGGAGUUGGACUGGACUGAUAAACAUAAGUCUGGCAGAUAGAUUUCUAGUUUAUGAUUAUGUACACUAAUAGUGCUUUGAGAAACCAAUAACUUCUGACAUGAGAAAGGCCAUCCAUACUGAGACUGAGGCCUCCUACCCGGAGCAGGGGUGCAGGAGCAGACACACCGGUGUUUUUACUUGUGUGACGCGUGUCAACACGCACUGGAUACCAGUAGAAGCUCUGCCUGCCAUGUUCCGUUUCUUGUUUUGAUCUGCUGGUGCUUGGACCCACGUAGUCCACUUAAGAAAUACCUCUUUGAGAAGGCUUGAGAUGCAGAUACUACUUUUCUUCACACCCGUUUUCCUGGAAGGUUCAGCCAAAGAAGUUCUAAUAUAUUUGUUAUCACUGGAGAGGCAGAGUUCUCCUUCAUCCGGUGCUUGAAACUCAUCUGUUUUGGUGGAAUAUCUUUUCAACAGUAAAAAACCUUUUUGAAAAUGUCUGCUCCAGUUAAGUGUAUCAGAUUUUCAUGCGUGUUGUGGAGUAGAGACGUGACGACUAUGUUCAGUUAUUUUCCGUGACCUACUCCCUGAUGUCUAUUUACUGGUACAUAAACAUUCUGCAUACUCACAAGCUCAUUUUAAAGUCAUUAUUGGUAAGAACAAAAAUUGAGAAGUGACUUUUUGAGAAACACAAAAAGCAAACGCUUUAAGGCAGUUUUAUUGAGUAAUUUGAAGAUCCAAAAGAAAGGAUAUAGCCACAGAGAAGGCUGAACUGAAAACGUAAGUGAUAGAAUGAGAGUGCUGUUUCACUGUUACUAAAUGACACUGAACACUGAAUGUAUCCAGAGGAAUACAACCAGCUGGUUUUUGUGUCUUCAGCAGAGUGAAGGCCUCAGUAGAUGAGAGCCUCAGUAGAUGAGGGCCUUGGACGCCCCCUUGGGCUUCAUGAUCUUGUCGUAGUUCUUGUUAAUGAUGUCAAACAGCACCGCCUGCAGGACAGAGAGACAGAUAAGACUCCAACCUCUGUCUCGCUGGGCUCGUCAGCUUAGACAAUAGGGAUAAGGACGGACUGAUAACAAUAUGACGGAACGAAGGUCGGCCAGUUCCUCUAAUCAUCGUCUAUUUUAGAGACCGCUCAUUAAACACAGGGAAGACCGCGGAGAGGAGACCCAACCAAUCAGGACAACACAGCGCUGAUCAAACCCAGCCCCCGCCCCUCUUAAGACGCCCCUCCUCCCAGACACCAGCCCUUCUCAAACGGCUGUGAGGCCACAAAUGGAAUUUAUUUUGGGCACAGUUGGGUUUGAUUCAAUAGACGGGACAGACCCUCCGGUCUUGCGAUUCAUAUUUCAGUGUUGCACAAACCGUUUGUGCGACAGACUGCACAAUAGUGUAGUCUGUUUGACUACACCAAUGAUUCAAACAGACUGUGAUGCCAUUGGAUUGUCCAAAUAGAUGCAGGAAUAUCCAGCCGAACCCAGAGUAUGGUGUCUUGCACGACCCGAUAAUAAAAACAAUACGCUGCAGUGGGUUUGGUUUGUAUGAAUGCGUUGCGAGGGCUGAAGGAGAACUGGUGUCCUUGUGCCCAGAAGUAACACCUCUCUCCGUUAUUAAGACGAGUGGCCUUACGUAGGUGUUGCGGAUCUCCAAAACCACGAGGCGCAGCUCGCUGUACUGGUACUGGUCGAGUUCAUGGACCAGCUGUCUGUAGUCUCCCUGUGAGGAGCAGAAGGAGAGCCCCGUCAACAUCGGUGCGGACAGGAAAUAAUCAAAUAAGAAACGAUAAGCUGGCUCCUGUGAUAAGAACUAUUUCUAGCACAUAAAAUAAGGACCUCAGCCAAAUCCUUCCCCCCAAACCCUGAAGCGAGAGGAUUUGAUUUGAAGUGAUGAGGGUCAGGGUUAGACCAAUAACAUGGUCUUCUUGUACAGGAGAUGGGUUAGUGCUCAGUUACAUUUACUUUUAGGGCAUUUAACCGAUGCUUUUAUCCAAAGCGACUUACACCGGUUAAUACACACAUUGACACACCGACAGCAGAGUCAACCAUGCAAGGAGACAGCCAGCUCGUCAGGAGCAGUUAGGGUUAAGUGCCUUGCUCAGGGACACAUAAACACUCUAGCUAGGAGGAGCUGGGGAUCGAACUAGCCACCUUUCGGUUACAAGACAACCGGUCUACCUCCUGAGCUAAGCCUACCCUACAGGAGCUCUGUCUGUACUGACCACGUGGGGCUGUUUGGAGGCCUUGGCCACGGCGUCCCCUCUCUCGCUGUAGUACCUGCAGAGCGGAACAGAGGAACACAUCAACCCUCUGGCAGCAGGCCAUUUGCAUCGUCUGAUAAAUCAUGCGUGACAGGAUGGUAUGAACGGAGCCUCACUUUGAGAUCUGGGUCUGGAAGGCCUCUAUCUUGGUGCGUGUGAGGGUCAGCAUCUCAAACACCUUCUCCUGAAGAGGGACGUGGAGAGAAACCAUGAGACACCCGUCUCCACAAAGAACCAGGAACGUAACCGCAUAGAACGGGCCGACGUGACCAUCCAAGAUCACCCGUCACUAACCUGGACCGCCACUCCAAAGUUGUUGCCAUCUUCAAUUUGAGGAAUCUGCAGCUGCAUCCACAUGGAGACCUGCCAGGGGGAGAGAAGCACAACAUCAGACCCUCUGAAGGCCCAGGAGACCGCCGUAAAGGCCUGAUUAUGGUCCAACGUUCCCGUGGGACCUGAACGUGUUGAGUUUCACCCUUGGAGGGUGAGUGUGAGUGAGUGAGUGAGUCUGACCAUGUUGAGUUUCGCCCUCAGAGGGUGAGCGAGUGAGUGAGUGAGUGAGUGAGUCUGACGUGUUGCGAUCCUCCCUCAGAGGGUGAGCGAGUGAGUGAGUGAGUG